UCACAGAAAUAUGCGGAACACGUGCGGAGACACGGAAUCAAACAAUUCAUUCACAUCUAUAACAAAAACAAAGACAGAAUCGACCGGUGCUUCAAAUGGGGCGAUGAGAUCGAGUACGUGAUCGUCAGGUUUGACCACAAGAGCAAAAGGGUUCGUCUGAGUCUUCGCGCCAAAGAUAUUCUCAAAGUAAUGGAUGAGAGAGAAGAGAAGGAAGGAGUGAAUCGACAGGUGCUGUGGAGACCAGAAUGUGCCGCCUAUCAGAUCGAAGGGACACCCGGACAACCAUUCGGCUAUAAUAAUGAAAACAACGACAAACAGUCAGCGAAUAACUGGUUUAAUAACGUGGAGAACAAUAUGAGGGAAAGGCGUCGGGAUAUCGAUAGUCUGCUCGAAGAAAAUGAGGCACUUCUAUGUUUCACUAACUUCCCUAGGUUUGGAUGUAAUGACACAACUGUACCCUUUACUAAGCCUGGUCCUCAGUAUAGCCUUUCCGGAAGUCUAUUUAUUAGCGAUGAAGUCAUUUGUCCGCUUUAUAAUAAAUGGAUGAGAAUAGAGCAAUACUGGUCAGAACGGACGGGCCAUAGAAUAGCGAUUAAUGCCCCUAUUUUUAAGGACACACAUACUCCGGAUCCUUUUGUUCAAAUAUUCAAUGAUCAACAAUCGCAGAGAGCGGCUAAAGUGGACCACAUCUAUAUGGACUCCAAUGUUUUUGGCGCAGCAUGUUGUUGCCUACAGGUCACCCUUCAGGCCUUCAAUGUAGAUGAGGCUCUAGUAUUGAAUGAUCAGUUGGCACCGUUAGCUCCCAUUAUGAUGGCAUUAAGUGCAUCGACACCUAUAUUCAGGGGUUAUCUCACUGACAGAGAUGGUCGUUGGGAUGUGCUCUCAAGUAGUUGUGAUGACCGGACGGCUGAAGAGUCGGGAGAAAAGCCACUGAAACACAAUAAAUACAGAAUAUUUAAACCACGUUUUGCUUCCAUUAACACAUAUUUGUGUGAAUCUAAUGCUAAAUAUAAUGACAAUCCUAUUGUGUAUAACAAAGAAUAUUACGAUGAGAUGAUUAACGCCGGAAUCCCACCACUUGUGGCCCAACACAUCGCAUACCUAUUCAUUAGAGACCCAAUGGUUAUAUAUCGCGACACUUUGGAUCAAAAUGAUGAGACAGAUUCCGGUCAUUUUGAGACAUUACAGUCAACCAAUUGGCAGACAAUGAGGUUUAAACCGCCGCCGACUAACCAACCGUCCAUUGGCUGGAGAGUGGAGUUCCGUCCGAUGGACCUCCAGAUGACUGACUUCGAGAACGCGGCUUAUGCUGUGUUUGUCGUACUUUUGUCACGAAUUAUACUGAAAUAUAAACUCAAUUUCAUUAUUCCUAUCUCUAAAGUCGACGAAAACAUGAGUGAAGCGCAGAAGAGGGAUGCCAUCAAUAGAUCUAAAUUCUGGUUCAGAAAAGACAUCUUCAGCUCAAAUGAAUCACAAGAACUCAAUAACAAUUCAAACCCUUUUUGCGAGACACAUGACUCUGAAGAGGAAUCAUAUAUUCAGAUGACUAUCAAUGAGAUAAUCAAUGGUUACGGACAGGAAUUUCCGGGAUUAAUACCAAUCAUGAAAGAGUACGUGAGGAGUAUAUCACUGGACGCCUACACUUCCUGUAAAGUCCAACAGUAUAUCCAAUUGAUUGCCGACAGAGCGUCGGCUAAACUCCAGACAAACGCCCAAUGGAUCCGACAUUUCGUUCGCAAACAUAAUGACUAUAAAUACGAUUCUGUGGUCAACGAUACCAUCACUUAUGACUUACUCUUCACUUUAAAUCGCAUUCAAAAUGAAGAUUUAAUUAUCAAAGAAUUGGUCGGAGAUUACAAAUAAAAUAUCUAAUAUAAGAGAA